UACUAUGACCCAUGUUCAAAACAAUAAUUUAUGAAAAGAAAAAGCAAAUUUUUGAAAAGAAAAAAUCAAGUGCUGUUAAUGAUGUAACGUGUAUUGAUUGCGGUAAAGGGGGUCACUACACCAAACAAUACUUUAAAUGUGAAUUAUAUGAGCCGGAAACUGCAGAUCAAGGUAAGCACCUCAUGUGGCUUUAAAAGUUGGUAAAUACAUCAUUAGUAAGCGACUUCAUUGUACCUAUAGUUGGUUCGAUAGGCAGAAAACGCAAACAGAACUUUGAAAUCAAGAAGGAAAAGAAGAA